ACCAAAUUUUUGUCAAGCUGAAAAACUAGCACUUGUAUCAUUAAUAAAAAAAUACAAAUUGAUAAUAGAAAAUAAGCGGACUGAUGCUGUGAGUGUUAGAGAAAAAGAAGAGGCUUGGUUAAAGAUAUUGGACGAGUAUAAUCAGCAAAGCAACUGUCGCCCUCGCGAAUUAGGAAACAUAAAAAAUUUCUGGAUUAAUGCUAAAAAGGACACCAAGAAGUUGUAUGCAAAAAAUAAAAGGGAAAUAUAUCUCACUGGUGGUGGAUCUUCAAAUAUUGUGAGUGAUGUUGUGGCCGAUGCCGUUUAUGAAAUAAUUGGGCCAUCCAUCGACGGACUGAUCAAUGAGAUCAAUCCGUUUGAUUCUGACAAGCAUAUUUCGAAUUAUGUAGAAACGCCAUCAACUGUAACAAAUUUACUAGAUAAUGAUAUGGAGAAUGAUGAUCCAAAUCAUACAAGUGUUUUCCAGGUUUGUCAAUAUCAUACAAUCUUUUUGUUUAUUGUUAUUUUAUAUGUAGAAACUUACAUUAUUUUAAUGAGAUACAAAUAUUUUCAACAUUUAGUAAAAAGCGGAGAAGUGAAAAGUUGGGCGGAAUAUAAUCUUCAAAAAUUGAAAACCAUCAUCAGUCCCCCGCUUUCCAAUGCAAAAGAAGGUGUUCAGGAUAAAUAUAAGCGCCUAAAAAUGGUCGAGUCAACAAAAACUUCCAAUGAAGAAACAUUGAGUCUUAUGGAGACAAAAACAGCACUAGCAAAGUUAAUGACGAAGAACAUUCAAGCCAAGCAACGAAUUGAAACAAGAAUACUAAAAACAAAACUCAUAAAAGAGAAACUUGCAGUUAAAUUACUUAAAAUGAAAUGUAGAAAGAUGAAUAGAGGAGAGCCUAUUUCUUCCAAUUCAGAUAGUAUGUUGUCAUCUGAAUCUUCAGAAGAGGUUUUUUAAUCUACAUAUACAUAUGAACGGGUAAAGGUGUAACGAACGAAAUAGUCUCAGCUCCUCCCGGUUCCGGACACGAUUCCGGCAGGAAUUAUUUAUUACUCGAAUAAUAAAUA